AACCUCAAAUAAAAAAUAAAUAAAUAAAUAAAAGACCUUACUUUGGAUGCGUACAUAUAGCCAAAUAAAUUGAAGAAAAAACAAGAAACAAAAGCGUUAAAACCACCUUCCACAAUCUACAACAACAUCCCCUUUUCUCUUGGUAUAAAUCUUCACACACCCAUAUUAUAAUUCUCUUUUACUAUUAAUUUUCUUUGUAUAUUUUCUUCUACUAGUUUUAUAAAUAUGUCAAUCGGUGGUGAUACUGCGACCAAUUCUGCCGCCGUCAGUCCCCGAGUAUCUACCACCGGCGGCGGACCCACCAUCUACCACCGCCGUCCCGUUACAGACUCCGACACCGAAAAAUCAUUUGAUCAUUUGCCUAUGGGAUUCGAUAAUAAUAACAAUAACAAUACCAAUAUUAUUAACAUUGUUGGCGUAAACCUCCUUGAUCACCAUAAUCAUAGUCAUGGUACAAUAACACGAUGUUUAUUACCUUGCAAAUGUAUGCCAGAGUGCAUGGUAAUUAGAGUAGAAGAAUGGUUAGCGUGUUUAGGAUCAAGAAAAUAUAUGAGACGUAUGAUGUCCGGGUUGUUAAUGAUUUUGGUUGUGAUAUCUGUGUUUUUGAAGUUUUCGAUUUUGAUGAAUGGUAAUGUUGUUGAAGAUAUAAUUGGGAAAGAGAAUGAAUUGUUUGUUGUUCAGAUUAUUAAGAAUGAUUGGGUUAAUGCACAGAAAGUUGUUUCAGAAACAGUGUCCUCUGUUUCUUCUUCUUCUUCUGGGGCUGUGCAAAAACGACAGAUGAAAGAGCUUCCUGUGCCAGAAAUAUGGAUGAAGCCAUCUAAUGAUAGUUACUUUAAAUGCAUUGCUCGGCGUAGAAAUAGAACAAGAACCGGUUCAUCGACCAGUGGAUACGUAUUGGUUCAUGCCAAUGGAGGAUUAAACCAGAUGAGAACAGGGAUAUGUGAUAUGGUGGCUAUUACAAAAAUUUUGAAUGCCACACUGGUUAUUCCUUCUCUUGAUCAUAAAUCUUUUUGGACAGAUCCAAGUGAUUUUAAAGAUAUUUUUGACUGGAGACGCUUCAUUGAUGUAUUAAAAGAUGACAUUAAGAUUGUUGAAUCGUUGCCACAAAAAUAUGCCGCUGUGACCCCCAUUCAAAAGGCACCGGUCUCUUGGUCAAAGGGUAGUUACUACAGAAGAGAGGUUCUUCCUUUACUAAAGAAGCGCAAGGUGAUACAAUUUACCCAUACGGAUUCAAGGCUUGCUAACAAUGGCCUGGCAUCCUCUAUUCAGAGGCUGCGCUGUCGAGCAAAUUAUGAGGCUCUACGGUACACAAAUGAGAUUGAGGAACUUGGAAAGAAGUUAGUGGAUAGACUUGGAGACAAUGGUGAACCAUACAUUGCUCUCCACUUAAGAUAUGAAAAAGAUAUGUUAGCCUUUACUGGCUGCAGCAACAAUUUGACUGCUCAAGAGGCUGAAGAACUUCGUAUUAUGAGAUAUCAAGUGAAGCACUGGAAAGAGAAAGAGAUAGACGCCAAUGAGAAGCGACUGCAAGGGGGCUGCCCUAUGUCACCUAGGGAGGCUGCCUUGUUUCUUAAAGCAAUGGGCUAUCCCUCUGCCACCAGGAUAUAUAUUGUCGCUGGGGAAAUUUAUGGCAAUAACAGCAUGGAUGCAUUUCGAGCAGAGUAUCCCAAUGUUUUCUCUCACUCAAUUCUUACAACAAAGGAAGAAUUGAAUGCUUUCAAGCAUUAUCAAAACCGUCUUGCUGCCUUAGAUUAUCUCGUAGCCCUUGAAAGUGAUGUAUUUGUUUAUACAUAUGAUGGCAAUAUGGCAAAGGCCGUGCAAGGGCAUAGAAAGUUUGAAGGAUUUCGGAAGACCAUAAGUCCUGACAGACUCAAUGUUGUAAGAUUGAUUGAUUUGUUGGAUAAGGGUACAAUCUCUUGGGAAAAGUUUGCUUCUGAGGUCAAGGAGUUACAUUCCAACAAAUUAGGAGCUCCUAACCCUAGAGAACCGGGAGAAUCACCAAGAUUAGAAGAGAACUUUUAUGCAAAUCCUUUUCCGGGUUGUAUUUGUGAUAGAUCUUUGAUGGAAGUGAGCAACCAGCAACUUAAAAAGAGACCGAGUGUGAAGGCUGCUGCACAAAGAUAAGGGUUUCUUUCAAGUUUGUAUAGGUUUUAGAUGAUCUACAAUAUUAUUCAAAGGGCUGCCUAGAUUUGGGCCUUUUAGAGUGUAAAAGGCAGCAAGCAGAAUCCAAGAGGACUUUCGCCAUAUGUAUUAUACUUUGAUGAACAAAUCUUAAGCCAGGAAGCAGCAUCGGAAGCAGAGAUGAUUAGCUUAUUAGUCAAACACAAGAGGCAGAUACAACGCAGGUACUCAAAUCAUUCUUUACUGCACAGUAUAGAGUUUUUAUUCAGUUUCUUAUUUAUUCUGAGUUGGUUUUGUAAUUAGUUUAUUUAUUAGGUUUUCCCCAGAGUUACAUGUAACAUAUCACGAAAAUUGUUAUACAAGUUUUGUACAAAGCUGCAAAGUUCUUCA